GGAAGCGUUGUGUGAAUGGCGACUAAGCGGUUACUGGGGAGGUGGGGAGAAAGAUUGGAGAAGAAUUCGUCCAAGUACACCAAGGGUCCCACCGAAACCGAGCGUUGCAUCGAGUCGCUGCUGGCCAUCUUCCAGCGCUACGCUGGGAAGGACGGAUACAGCAAAAAACUCUCCAAGAACGAAUUCAAAAUAUUCAUGAACACGGAGCUGGCCUCUUUCACCAAGAACCAGAAAGAUCCGGCCGUCCUCGACCGUAUGAUGAGAAAGCUGGACAUGAACAGUGACGGGCAGCUGGACUUUUCCGAGUUCUUGACCCUCAUCGGAAGUCUGGCAUCAUUCUGCCAUGAACAGGUGACAUCCGGGGCUGCCGCCGAUCCCCACAAAAGACUGGGGUUUUUUUUGAGUCUGCCUUUAGCCAAAAUUGUUCAACAGGCGGGGGAAGAGACAGGCGUUGGCUCAACCGGGGAGGAGCCAAACCCUCCCUUCACCACUCCGGUCUUCAACCAGCUCACCAGCAACAGCCAACUUUCCUCUCUGCCCGGCCGGUUGCCGACCACAGCUAUGUCGUCCAGGUACCCUGUGGGUCCCACCGAAACCGAGCGUUGCAUCGAGUCGCUGCUGGCCGUCUUCCACCGCUACGCUGGGAGGGAGGGAAAGACCGACACUCUCUCCAAGAACGAAUUCAAAACAUUCAUGAACACGGAGCUGGCCUCUUUCACCAAGAACCAGAAAGAUCCGGGCGUCAUCGACCGCAUGAUGAAAAAGCUGGACAUGAACAGCGACGGGCAGCUGGACUUUUCCGAGUUCUUGAACCUCAUCGGAGGCCUGGCAGCGGCCUGCCAUGACCACGUGGCAGCCGCCGAGCCCCCCAAAAGACUGUGAAGGCAUCCGGGCGAUUUCAAACCUUGUCAUCCAAAGCAUUCCAAAAUCAGGGAAGGACGUACAAUGUCGUUCACCCUUUUUGUUUUCCUUGUUAAAAUUUGAAUAAAAUUGAGUAUUAAAAACAGA